GCAAACUUCUUCAAGAAGUGAAGGUCUGUUGUGUUUUUUAUUUCAACAAGGACAUAUGUCCUAACGUUUUUAUAGUUGGAUUUAACACAAGAGAUGGAUGAAGAUGAACGCCAGAGGAAACUAGAAGCUGGGAGAGCUAAGUUUGCUAGCUACCGACAAAAGCGGGCGAAAGGCGACGGUGCGGGGGCGCCGAAAAAGACGCAGAAGAGGAAGGGCCAGAAUGACGCGCAGAAUGACGGAGCGGCGCAAGAUCGUCACGUAGAACCGGCGCUUCCUUCGGCAAGUGACAAGGAGCUGGACAACAAGACAAACCAUGAGGAACCCCAGAUGCCGGAGAAAUCAGAGGUUGAGCAAAACCAACGACGGGAGGAUCAGGCCCCCAGCCCGGAGGAAAGCGUGUCACCUGUGGAAGAUUUUAGAGAAGAGGAGCUAGUCGCACUCACUGGCAAAGAGCAGCUUAAGAAGUUACAGCAGGUCGUCGAAGAGCGAAAUGAGAUCAUCACAAGGCUUAGCGCCAACCUGCAGGAGGCGCUGGCCAGUAGAGACCAGGUACAGCUGGAGGCCCAGUCACUUGCUGGACAGAUUCAGGCGCUACAGAGACAGCUCCAGCAGACAAGUGAAGGGUUUCUGCGCCUCAAAAGUCAGUCAGGUGCUGAAGUCCCCAACAACUAUCUACAGCAGCAUCAGCAAGGCCAUUACUCCCAAGACGCAGACAUCAACCAGAGGGAGGCACCAUCGGGGGAAUGUACGAGUUCGGGUCCUGGCGCCAAGUCAAGUGUUGAAGGCUUCGGCACAGACGAGGACGGUGAUACAGACAAUGUUCUGCGCACUUUGAGGGCCGAACUAGAGGAAGAAAGAAAAAAGAGCCAGCGUGUAUUUGCUGAACUGGCUGAAGAGAUGGAGAAACACCAACAUGUGCUUUUUUUACUGGAGAAGGAGAAGAAAGGCAGGGAAGAGGAGCAAAAGGAAAGAGAGGCACAGCUGCAAGACCUCCAGACCCAGUUCAGCUCCGUCCGAAGUCAGUGCCUUGAGCUGCAGCAGUACAAAGCAGAGAAGGAAAAGCUGAACGCAGAAAUGUUGGACCUGAGGAAAAGGCUUCAAGAGGGGCAGGAUGCACAGCAGAGUUUCAGCGAGGAGUUGGCCAGCUCUGCCCUUUGUCUCCAGAACCUUGAGGAGGAAAGACGGAGGCAGGAGAUGGAGAUGCAAAAGCUCAGAGAGGAGCACAGGGAGGAGGUGGAGAGAGUCAGGCAGCUGUUAGAGGAGCGGGAGAGAGAGCUGAAGUUUAGAGAAGAAGAGGUCAAUGGACUGAAAGCUUCCAAGAACCUGCAGAACCAGGCGAAGGCUGGUUUAAGCUGUAAUGACUUGAUUAGCGCAGAUGGAGCUAAUCUGGAAAGUGGACCUGAGCAGGACGUUAUGAAUGUAUCCAUAAUACCCGGAGAUAUCAUGAUGGAGCGAUACUUGUCUUCAGCUCCUCGUGCACACUCUCAAUCCUCAGUGAUCAAGGAAGGCUCUGAUCACUGCGGCCAGCUGGACAUCUCUGCAGAUUUCAGUUUCGAGCUGAACAGUGAGGUGUUGGGAGACGAGCCGCUUUUGUCAAUUUCAAACCGUUACCCUGAAGAAAACGACAACCUCCCUAACAGUUCGAGCCCGCUUUGCUCCCCAGGAAACCUCCUGGCGGAUGACUCUCUUUCUCAGUUUCUUCACAACUCCACUUUCGACGAGCUGGAGACGAGCAAGCUGUCGGAGCAGGAGUUUGAGGAGGCGGACCUGGGAAAGGAGCUGCUGAGUCAGCAGUGCGGGGAGCUCCGAGAGGAGUUGGUUCUGAAGGACAGGGACCUAGAGGUGUUGAGGGAGGAAGUCGUCAAGAGCGCUGAAGAGCUGGAGGAGGCCAGGAGCAGGUGGGCCCAGGUAACAGAGGAGCUCAGGCAGGCUCUGUGGGAGCUGGACGAGGAGAAGGAGAAGAGGAGAGAGGUUGAGGAGGAGAUGAACUCUAAAACCCACGAGCAAGACAACCUGAAGAACAAACUGAGUGCCUUAAUGGAGGAGAGGGAAAAUGAGAAAGGGGUCAUCUUUAUGGGACAGGGAGCCGCUGAAACCUCCCUGCCCCUCCCGGAUGCGUCUUCAUCAGAGGAGGGAGAUAAACCUGUAGGGGAGCAGGAGAGUGAGCCGGAGAAGGAGGCUGCACUCCAGUCUCAUCAAAAACAGCAGGAGCUGCUUGAGCGGUCUCUGCAGGAGAUAAACCAGGCUCCAAACUCUGCAAAACAGAACCCAGAGCUUAACGAUGACAACCAGCUGAAAAUGUUACAGGCUCAAUGUGACCUUCUCAUGUUAGAGCUAGAAGAGACAAAAACAACGCACAGAACCGCACAAGCCCUAUUAGAUCAAAGGACCAUGGAGUGGGACGAAUCAUUAAAGGAGCUCGAAACGACUCGCGCACAGGUUCUUAAGGUUCAGACAGACGUGGAAAGACUGCAAGAGGAGUUGAAGAAGAGCCAGAGCUGUCUGGACAGCGCUGAAAAGGAGAAGAGUGAACUGGAGUCUCAGAUCUUCUGUUUGAUACAAAACCUGACCAACCUGGAGGAGGCACAGGCCGAGGCAGCGAAGGAGAGGGAGGAGAACGGGCGGAAAAGAGAGGAGAUGGACGAACAGAUUAGAAAAAUGGAACAAGUCUUGGAGGAGGAACUGGAACAGUUUGAGAACCUGCUUAAAGACAAAGACGACGAGUUGGCUGAGGAGAGGGAGAAAUGGGAAGACGAGAGACAGGAGAAAGACAAAGAUCUCGUUGGUCUGAGGCGUCAGCUGGAGAAGCAGAGGAAGGAGAGGGAGGAGGAGGUGAAGGCUCUCCUGGAGAAGCAGGUCAUUGCUCUGGAGGAGGCUACGGAAAGGCUCGAGACAUCUCACCAACAGGAGAUAAAAGACCUGAUGGAGAAACAGCAAAGAGAGAUUUCUGAGUUGAACACGAAGCUGGAGUCCGAACUGCUGAAGCGGCAGGUCGUGAUGGAGGAAGAACAGAAGAGACAGAUCAGCCUCAUCAAACAGGUGACUGAACGUGAGCAUGAAAGAAUGAUUUCAGAGCUAACUGUCAAACACAAUGAGGAGCUGAGUCAGCUGAGGACAGAGCUGUCGAUAGAGCUGAGGGAGAGCCUGGAGGCCGCCCACCAGGCUGAACUGCAGCAGGCACAGGUGCAAAAGACUGCUGAGCUUGAGGCCUUGCGCCUGAGCCUGACCAGUGUCCACAUGUCCCAGCUGGAGCACUCCAAGUUGAACUUAGAGCAGGAGCAGGAGUCUGUUCUCACCCAGGCUCAGGCCUCUCUGAGGGACACAUUUGCACAGGAAAGUGCUCUCCUGCAGGCUCGACAUCAGCUGGAAAUGGACCGGAUGCGACAGCAGGACCAGAAGCAGCAGGAUAAACUGCGUGAGCUGCACCAACAGCACAUAAAUGAGUUGACGCAGCAGGGGGAGGCGACUAAGGCUCAGGAGAAAGCUGCUGUGGAGGAGAAGCAUGCCAAAGAGAUACAGGCUGUAAGGUCACAGUGGGAAAAAGAAGCCGAGAGCACCCAGUCAAAACUCCAAGAAACUCUGUCAGAGAGCCAGAACAGCCUUACAGUAACCCAAACGGAACUCUCCACCACCCAGGCCUCCCUCACACACACCAAUAAAGCUCUUACUGAAGCUCAGGCAGCUCUGUCCCAGAUGCAGUCAGAGCUGCGGGAGUCUUCUGCCCGAUUAGAGGAACUCCAGACCAGUAAGGAGCAGAACCAGAAACUGGAGGAGGAGCUGAGACAAGCCUGGAAUGACAGAGAUGCUGCAGCUCGUGCUCUGGAGGAGUUGGUUUCUAUUCAUAAGGCGGUGCUGCAGGAGAGGGAACAGCAAGCGCUCCACCUGCAGGAGCAGGAGCAGAAACUGCAGCAGAAGGUUGUGCAACUGCAGAAGGAGAAGACUUUGUUAAAACAGAGCUCAGAAGAAGAAGUAGGUCAGCUGUGGAGCCAGCUGGAGAGCAUGAGGACUAGUCGCCAAGAGUUGGGAGAGCUGAAAGAGCAGCUGCUUGCCCGCUCAGCUCGCGUCGACGACAUUGAGCGCCUGAAGUCAGAGUUUAAUGAUCAAAAGCGGGAAAUAAAGGAGCAGAAUGAGGCUGAGCUGGAAAGCCUGAGGAGGUACUUUGAGCAGAGACUGCAGGUAACAGAGGAAAGCUACAGAGAGGAAAUCGCUCUGCUCCAGCUAAGGCUGGUGGAAAGUGCCUUGGAGGAAUCUCUAUUAACCAGUUCCUUAUCGCAAAGCCUAGUAGAAGAGAAUAAAGAACAUGUGACUUCUGAUGCUGACCUCAAACAGGAGAAACAAAAGGAAGUCCAUGACAGUCUGCGUCUUCAGCUCGAGGAGAGACACACAGAGGAGCUUUCAGAUCUACGAUCCUCUAUGGCUAUUUCCUUUAAGAAGGAGUUGCAACAGGUGCGCUCAGACCUUACUGACUUGUACUACGCGGAACUGCAGGAGAUAAAGACUCGUCAUGCACUGGAGCUCGAGCAACUCCGAGCCAAACUUUCUGACCACCACUUACAAGAACUGACCAAAGUUCAUUCUGAGUCUGCAAGGCAGGUUGAGGUGGAGGUUGAACAAAGGAUGUGGUGUCACACUGAGGAGCUGCAGGAAAGCCUGACCAUCAUCCACAACCAGGAGAAAAGAAUGGCUGCCUUCAUUGUACAACAUGAUGCAGAGAUGCAAAAGUUGAGGCCGGAGUUUGGUAGGGAACUAGAGGAAGCUCUGAAACAGGAGAAGGAGCGUUUGCAGGAGGAGAUGAAGAGGCUGAGAGGAGAUCUCCAAGAGAAGCAUGACGCUGAGCUCUCUGUCCUGAAGUCUGACCACGACAGAGAGAUGGAGAAAGAGAGGAGAGGCUUUGAAGAAGCUCUUCAUGAGGAGAGGGAGAAGCUAAAGUCUCUACAGGCUGCACUGGACAACGAUGACAGCCCACAGGUCCUCGUGGUGCGGCAGAGACUGGAGGCCCAGUAUGACAGUGAGCUGCAACAGGCAAAGAGCUGUAUGACAGCAGACCUGAAGGAGCUCACUGCUCUCCUCCAGGAGCAGAGUGAGGAGCGGCUACGACAAGCACUCGACAGGUUCAAACAGGAAAAGGCAUUGUUGGAGCAGAGUUUAGCCCAAAAAUAUGACCUCUCUCUGGCAGAGCUACAGAACAAACAUCAAACUGAGCUGCAACAUGAAAGAGAAACACGACUGAGCGAACGCUCCCAAGAGAUGGAAACACUCGAUGCCAAACACAAAGCACAACUAGACUCACUCAGUGCCAGUCACAAAGAUCAGCUUGAAGCGCUGGCUGUUGAGCUUGAGUCCAAACACAACGCAGAGCUUGUUGCCUUGGACGCAGCUCUCGAUUCAAAACUGAAGGCUGACCUCCAAUGUCUGGAGGCCGCUUUGCAGGAGACCAAGCAGGCUGAGCUGGAGGCUUUAGAGGCCGAUUUAGCCCGCAAACACCAGGAAGAGAGGGAUGAACUGGAAAAGAGGAUGCUGGGUAAUAUGGACACUUUGGAGUCAACGUACCUGAAGGAAGUGCAAACAUUGCGUGACGAAAUGAUGCAAAUUGGAGAGAGGCAUCGUCAAGAGCUGAAUCACCAGAAGUCCGAGCACAGGCAGCUGAUGGAGCGCCAAGCUGCAGAACAGCUGUCCGUCAGGGAGGAGCUGAGGAGGGAGCUGGCUCAGGUGCACCUCGAGAAGUUUAGUGCCAUGGCAGCAGAGCUCAGCCACGUUCACAAGACUGAACUAGCUGCUCAGAAAGAGGCCUUAGAUACCGAACACUGCAAAGCCCUGGAGACCCUAAAGAAGCAGGUUUUAGAACUGGAACAACAACAUAGCACAUCUCUUCAGGAGCUCUCACAUACCUUCACUGCUGAGAGAGAGCAACUCAUUGAACAGCAUCAUCUCCAGUUACAGGAGUUGAGGAGUGUCUCUGCCCGAGAAUUGGAGGCAUGCCGCAGGGAGCUGGAAGAGGAGUCGUCGCGGCAUCGGCAGCACUCCCUAGAAGAGGUGGAGCUCCUAAAAGUCCAAUCAGAGGAGAGGCUGCAGGACAGGAUUAACCAACUGAAGACUGAGGCUGAAGAGCAGAAGCAGGCGGAGUUUGAGGACCUGAGGCGGAGCUUCACAUCGGAACAGGAGGAGAAAGAGCGAAGCUACACCGGCAAAAUGAGUCAGCUCACUGCCCAGCUGCAGCAGCUGGACACUGUUGUUUCUCAGCUGAGAGCGGAGGUCGGCUGUCUUCAGGGAGAGCUGGAAGGGAAGCGUGCAGAGAUGGACACUUUGGACACUCUCCUCCAAAGACGGGAACGAGAGAGUCAGGAGGGAGGAAACCAUCUCAAGAUGCUCACUGAUGACCUGCAGACUGCUAAAGAAGAAAGAUGUAACCUCCACCAGGCCAAUGAAAAGCUGAGGAAGGUGCUGAUUGAGAUGAUUCGCUGCACAAUCGCUACAGAAGAACUGAUUGGACAAAAAAUCAGUGCCAGAACCAAAACAUCUGAGCAGGCGACCAAUCAGAGGAACUCGACUGCAAACAAAGAUACACAACAAUCAGUCACAGACCUGUCUUCAGAGGAACUUGAAUUGACCCACCUGCUCUGUGAGAGCCUGCUGGUUUCAGAUACUCAGAUCAAUCCUGGGGGAGAAGAAGCAGCUCUGAGCGCCUGCAGCAGACUGCGUCACACUGUUGACACGCUGCUAGAGCUGCUCAACCAGGCCAGCACACAGCUGGAGCAGACCCAUGGCGUCCACCUUUCGUUGGAGGACAGGAUCUCUAAAGGCAGAGACGACUCGGCCCAACUCCUUCAGCAGCACAAACUCCUGUUGGAGCAGCUCGAUCAGGAGGCAAGGCAUAAAAGUAAACUCCAGCUGGAACUCCAUAAGGCUGAGGGGCUUUUGGAGGGCUAUGUGGCUGAAAAAGCAGUCCUUGAGGAAUCCCUGCAGCAGAAGGAGGCUCAAGAGGAGAGACUAGUGGAGGCGCUUGAGGACCUGAAGGUUAAGCUGCACAAGAUGCAGGGUCUCACCGCAGAGCUGGACAGCCUCAGACUGAAGCAUCAGGAGCUCAGCGAGGAGCACGCGCUUCUUAUGCGCCAGAAGGAGCAUCUCUCUGCAGGGCUCGGGGAAAGGGAGAAAGCUCUUCUGCAAGAGACGGAGCGUCUGGCUCAGGAUCGUCUGGACUUGCAGCGGCAAGCGGAGAAGGACCACAGCUCUCUGUCCCUGCGCCUCAGGGCCCUGGAGAGAGAGUUGGAAGAUCAGGAGACAAAGGAGCUGGAGACAGAGCAGCACCAUAAGACUCACACGGAGGACCUCCACCAGCGAGUCCAAGCCCUCGAGAAACAGCUGAAACACGACCGGCAGUUUAUAGAGGAGCAAGCCGUGGAGCGCGAACAUGAGAGAGACGAGUUCCAGCAGGAGAUCAGAAGGCUGGAGGCCCAACUCAGGCACCCAGCCGGCGUGGAUAACAAGGGACACCGGUUUGAGGACUUGGUUCUACAGGUGGAGAGUCUGCAGGCUAUGAUCAAAGACAAGACGGAGGACCAUGCAUCCUUGCUCGCUGCCAGUCAGCAGGCCCAGCGGGACCUUGCAGAGCGCAAUGAGGAGAUAGACAAGCUAGCCGGGCGAAUCAGAGAGCUUGAACAAGCCCUGCUUAACAGCGCCGAGAGUACCAGAUCUGUCAGUCACCUGGAACAAGAGCUCCACAGAGCAAGAUUAAGAGAACAAGAGCUGUCACAAGAUAAGCAGGCCCUGGAGCAGCAGCAGUUGUCAAACAGGCUUCAAAUCUCUGCCCUGCAGUCCAAACUGGAUGAGACAAGACACUGUUACCAUGACAACACCCGUGACCCCACCCAGGAGCUGAGGGAUGCCCUGGACACGGCUCAGCAGAGCCUACAGAGCAAAGAACAAGAGGGCGAGGUCCUGCUUAGCCAGCUGGAGAAGGUGCAGAGUGACUUGAGCAUCAAAGAGGUAGAGCUUAAACACCUCACACUACAGCUGGAGCUAUUGACCAAUCAGAAUGCAGCUCAUGUCACCGAGCUUCAAGAACAAAUUGCUGCCCUGAAAGAGAGCGUGUCUACUCUCACCAUCCUCAAAGAGGAGGAAGAUGAACAAAGAGAGUUGGAGGAGGCCGAGGAAGUGACCCUCCCCUCUGCAUUACUGCAGGAGAAAAAUGAGGAGAUUGACCACCUCAACAAUGAGAUCCAAAGACUGGAACAGGAUCUGGAGAGCACCAGGGACAACAAGGUUUUGGAGGCUGAGCUUGAGGAUUUGCGCUCGCAGGUGGAGCACCUUAAGUCUGAGAUUGUGAGGGUGCGCGAGGACAAACAGGAAGAAGAGGAGCGCCUUCAUGAGGUCAUCAGCACACUGCAGGCAGAGCUCGCCACAUUAGGACCCAUCCUGCAUGAAGUCAGCGACUCUCAGGACGGCGACAGCAUCAACCCCUCGCCCGCUCCCAGCCCAGAGCCUCGUCACUACCCGAUCCAAGAGAGAAGGGGAGGGCCGAGUAGCCUGAAGCAGGAGCUCAGCCUGACUCGCGCUACCACGUCUCGUCCCCUUAGAUCUCGCCUCAAAGCCCUUCAGAGUCAGCUGGACACUGCAGUUGCAGAAAAGGAUGGACUUGAGCGACUGCUGCUCACUCAGGAGGAAGAGUACAGAGGGCACGGAGAGGAGUUUGGGAAGAGGCUGAAAGCUGAGUGGGACAGAGCUGAUAAACUCCAAGAACUGCUCGCUGCUAAAGAGGCCGACCUGCAGAAACUCAGAUCCUGCAUGGAAGAUGAAACGGAGAAGAGGAAACUAUCAGAGGAGGAGAGGGACGGCUCUCAAAGUCAAGCCAAAGAGAUGAGCACCAUGAAUGAGAAGAACGCCCAGCUCAGCGCUCUGAUUUUGGAACUCCAAACUAAACAACAGGACAGCAUGAGGGAAAUCACAGCUCUAAAAACAAAGAAGCAGGAGCUGAAUAUUGAAACGGAAGCCCUGAGAGAAACCAGCCUCACUCUGGAGAGACAAGUCCAGGAGGUACGAGCUGAGGUAGUGGACUUUGAGGAGCUGGUCGCUGAAGAGAGGAUGAAGGUUAAAACCCUCGAGACUGCGACGGAAGAGCUGUCUGCAGAAUGUGAGGUGCUGAGGAGGAGGGAGAGGCAGCUCCAGGAGGAAAUCGAAAGGCUCAGACAGGAGGUGACCUCGAUGAGAGCCUGCAUCCAGAACCUGACAUUUCAGCUCAAUGAGAGGGAAACAAGUCAAGAAGACGCUCAAAAGGAGGUGUUGACGCAUGCUGAGCUGACUCUGGCUAAAGCAGACGCUGCCUUGAGACAGAAGGAGACUGAGCUCGCCAGGCUGAAGGCUGAGCAUCAGGCUCAGAGGGCGGAGCUGACCGCAGUGAAACAGGGUCUGAGUACCAGCACAGAAAGAGCUGAGAAACUACAUGUGGAAGGACAGACCAAAGACCGUGCCCUAGUCGACCUGGAUACCGAUAAUCAGCAUCUGAAGGCAGAGCUGCGACGUCUACAAGAGGACCUGGCUGUACAGGAAGAGGAGCUGGCCUAUCAGCAGAGAGAACUACAGCAGCUCAGGCAUCACUGUCAGCAGCAGCAAACUCUACAUCAACAACAACAGGGAUACCAUCAGAAAGACAUUUCUCACACAGCUUUCGAGGAUGGCGUGAGUGUCGAGGCGUCGCUGAGCUCACCUGAGGUUUUGAGGAGGCACGAAUGCUCCGAAGACAGAAUCCCAGAGCGGUUCCACACCUCAGUCCUCGGCUCUCGUCUGUCUGAGAUCAGCGCUCUGAACAGCACGGGUCUGGAUAUCCCUCCUGUCAAACUCUCACCCAGGGUCGUCAUGGAGCCUCCGCUCUCCAGGACCAUCACACCCGAUCCAGUCACACAGAGCACCCACUCCCCCGGCUCCAUGUCGGACAACUUCUCCAUGGUCGACUCAAUGGACACUGACAAGGUGCGUGAGUUGGAAGGACUUGACCUAACAGCACCUCCAUCUCCUCUUGGCUCCACCUCCUCCAUGUCAGCUCCAGAAUGGGCCAGUGAUGGAUAUGGCAGCAAUGUGAGUUCAGAGUUGGGUGCGAGGCUGCGAGUGGAGCUGGAACAGACCGAACGGUUGGAUGCUCAGUUUGUGGAGUAUCUCCGCUGCAGAGGAAUUAACCCCACAGCUAACACAGACAGUGCAGCAGGCAGUAUGAGCUACAGCGAUGACCUGUUGUCACCUGAACUUCAGGCUCUGUUGAAGAAAGUCUAUCAAGAGAGCUGCCGAAUUCUCACACUGUCCCAGCGUCGGGCCGCUUCCUCAAACCUGCCUCAAGUCUCAGACCUGAAAGCGUUUUCAAUGAGUCAGACACAACAGCAUUACACUGAAGAAAGCUCCACUCCACUGGACCCCCGUGACAAAUCGUCCUUCAACCCUCCAAUGAGCUGGCAGCAGGAGAAGAGGGCGCUGCAGGACACUGUUAUCGCUCUCAGAGAGCUGCUCUGUCGGAUGGCUCAGAGACACUCACAACCUGAGUUCAGGGGAGACGACGACUGGCAGAGAGAUCAGCUCCGGGCUGAUGGACAGGUUGAAUAUCAGCUGAGGGCGGAGCUUGAGGAGAGCCAGAAACACCUGAAAUGUGCUCAUGACACUCAGCAAGAACAGAAGAACAAAAUACAGUCUCUCAGGCUGGCUGUCGAAGAAGGUGAGGAAGCACUGAGGAGGGAGCAGAGCCGAGUGCAAGAGCUUCAACAGCAGCUGAAGCAGGAGAGAGAUGUGAGUCUCCAAAAGGACAGAGAGGAGGAGGAAAGGAGAGAGGCUGCAAAAGUAUCCUCUGAGCAGCAGAGGUCAGAGGUCAUGGCUCUGAGGGGUCAGGUGGACCAGGAGAAGGUGGCCUGGAGCAACCUCAGGAAGGAGCUUCAGAUUGAACAGUCUCGAAGUGUGCUGCUGGAGAAACGCCUGGACGACACCCAUAAGGAGCUAGAAGACGGACGCCAGAGUUCUGCGAACCAACAAAAGCUGAACCUGCAAGAAAAGACUCGUCUUGAACUCCUGCUGACUGAAGCGGAGUCUCGCCUCGCAGAGGUUCAGUCUAAGCUCUCAGAUGCUCACAGGAGGCUGGAUGAAGAGAGAGGCCGCUGCUCCAGGCAGGUGGACGAACUCAGCCGCAGACACGAGGCCGACGAAGCCAGAGACAGGAAGUUCAUCUCUGACCUGCGCGCCCAGCUUGAGCAGGAGCGCAGGCAGGGGGAGGAGCUGGCUGCCGUGGCGGACAAACUGAGAUCCGAGCUGCUGCAGAGCAGGAGGAGAUGGGAAGAGAAGGACAGGCUCAGGAGGGAGGAGCUGCAGAAGGAGCAGGAGGCCGCCGUCCGACAGCGUGUCGCGAUUGACACCUUGAGAGAUCAGAAGCAGGAAGCCGGUCGUGCUUUAGAGGCAGAGCGGGAGCAGACUAGACGCCAAGGGGUGGAGCUGGGAGAGCUGAAGGAGAGACUGCGACUGCUGAAGGACAAAGAGAGGGAGUGGGAGGAGAAGUGGGAGAGAGAGAGGAGGAAAGGAAGGCAGGAGCAGAUGGAGAGGGAGAGACGGCAGGAGACGACCAAUAACAAACUGUGUGAGCUGGAGUUGUUGAGGCAACAGGACCAGCAGCGCAUGCAGGAGCUACAGCACACUUUGUCAGAGCUGCAAAGAGAGGAGAGAGAGAUGGCUGCUCAGAGGCUGUCUGGACGAGCCACAGGGCAGCAACACAAGGCUGCAUCCUCACAGAGCAACUUCCAGAAAGGCAACACACAACCAAACAAGCAGACACCUUCGUCACCUCAAAUGCUGGAAAGGUUGUUGGAGGAGAACUUGGAGCUGACCGAGCGUGUGACAUCACUCAGUCAGGAGAGAGCGACCCUCAAACACAGACUCACCUUCCUGGAGCGAGAGCUGCGGCGCACAGAGAACGAGCUCGCCAAGGUCACUACAGAAACUGAAAACAGGCCUUUGAAUGAUGUGAUCAGCAACGGCAAGGUGCAGCGUUUGUAUGAGCGUUACCUGCGUGCCGAGAGCUUCAGGAAAGCUCUGGUGUACCAGAAGCGUUACCUGCUGCUGCUGUUGGGAGGUUUCCAGGAGUGCGAGCAGGCCACACUGUGUCUAAUCGCCCACAUGGGGGCACGGCCGUCACCCCCCCUCUCCUCCCAGCGCAGACCCCUCGGACGUUUCAGAGCUGCUGUACGAGUGGUCAUAGCUGUCUCGAGGAUGAGGUUCCUGACCAGGAAGUGGAACAAAGCGAUCAGAAGAUUAUCUACGUCUGGGAUUUGUAAUGGGCAUGCCUCAGGGCCUAAAGCUGAAGUUUUAAGGCAGCAGCACCACAGACUGAUUUCUGACUCGCCACCAGACAGAGACAGCAGUGCCGUCCACAGAGACGCGACGUCUUCCCUCGUCCCACCCACCAAAUCCCCCUUCAGGUUACACAACAGGUCGUACUCCAGCACCAGUCUGGCCUCGGGACUUUCAGGAGGAACGUUUAUCCAACAUCUAGAGAAAGUCCAGGAACGGUUGGUUGGAGCAAAGCCAGGUUCAUCGGUUCUCCAGACUGACCCAAAGUAGUUGGACGACUGAAAAGAUGAAAGUCUCCCAUCUACAUAUUGUUCAACACUGUCCAUGCCUUAAAUCCAUGUAGAAAUUUUAGAGAUGUUAAUUUAAAUUUCUUAGAAAGAUGCGUCACGUGUUGAAUUUCCUGACGUGUGAUUCUUUUUUUAAAGGUACAUAAAUUAUUUUACUACUGUAUCUUUUCUAUUCUCUGUACUGAAGUAUUUUGAAGGACACCCUUUAUAUGUUGAAGAACAAAUGUUUUUUCAUAAUAAAUACUUAGCAUAUUUUUCUAAGAAUAUUUUAUAACCUUUCGUUCUAUGUAAAUACAACAGACGUCCAUUGCACACGUGUCUCAAUUUGCACUGGUUUUAACUAAUUCAUUGAUAAAUAUAUUUAGUGAUUGCAUAAAGGUGAACUGUAUGUUGUUGUUUUGUAUUUUCUCUGUUUCUUCCAUAAAGUUGAUAAAUAUUUUUAAUUUUUAUAAUGUGUGUAUGUACAAACUAAACUUUCAUGGCAGCUCAUAAUCUAACUGUGUUUAGAGUAUCUCACUUUUUCACAAUGCAAGUAAAAGAUACAAACCAUA